CAGAUUCUUGCCUGAAACCUUAACAUGGAUCUACUUCCCUACUAUGCUUUUGGUGGUUUUAACGACUCAGUCUCCAUAACUCCUUUCAAUGUGACGGUAACAGAGGAUCCUCUGCGCGUUCACUCGUACAGCAACGAGACCAACAGCAGGGCUGCAGUCAUCGCCGUCUGUAUCACGGCUCUCUACUCUGUCAUCUGUGUGGUAGGACUGCUGGGAAACGUGCUAGUGAUGUACGGGGUGGUCAGGUAUACCAAGAUGAAGACCGCCACCAACAUCUACAUCUUCAACUUGGCUCUCGCCGACGCCCUCGCCACCAGUACCCUCCCCUUCCAGAGCGCCAAGUACCUGAUGGGCACGUGGCCCUUUGGGGAGGUGUUGUGUAAAGUGGUGAUCGCCAUCGACUACUACAACAUGUUCACCAGCAUCUUCACGCUCACCAUGAUGAGCGUGGACCGCUACAUCGCCGUCUGUCAUCCCGUGAGGGCCCUGGACUUCCGCACGCCUGCCAAAGCCAAGCUCAUCAACGUCUGCAUCUGGAUCCUCUCCUCUGCUGUUGGAGUGCCUGUGAUGGUCAUGGCUGUUACCAGGAUGAAACUUGAAGGAAACACUGUCUGCGAACUCAGAUUCCCCAAUCCUGACUGGUACUGGGAGACGGUGCUGAAGAUCUGCGUGUUUAUCUUCGCCUUCGUGGUCCCCGUCCUUGUCAUCACCAUCUGCUACGGUCUGAUGAUCCUGCGGCUCAAGAGCGUCCGUCUGCUCUCCGGCUCCAAGGAGAAGGACAGGACCAUGCGGCGGAUCACCCGCAUGGUCCUGGUGGUCGUGGCAGCCUUCAUCAUCUGCUGGACUCCCAUCCAGCUCUUCAUCAUUGUCAAGACCAUGGUGAAAACUGACAACACAAACCUGUGGGUGAUUGCCUGCUGGCACCUGUGCAUCGCGCUGGGCUACACCAACAGCAGUCUCAACCCUGUGCUUUACGCCUUCCUGGACGAGAAUUUUAAAAGGUGCUUCAGGGAUUUCUGCCUGCCCUUUCGCUCCCGACUGGAGCAGAGCAGUUUCUCCAGGGCGCGCAACAGCACCAGGGAGCCCGUGUCUGUUUGUGCUCCUGCGACGACACAGAGACCGCCGGCCUGACUAGGCAUGGAUCAGUGCGGGGGGAGAUCAGUUCAGGAAGACCUCCAGACUGAGG